AUAUUUUCAUCUAAUCUGUGCCAAGCUGGCUGUGACUGUGAUUGUCUGUUUGAUAAGUUGACAAGAUCAAAGGGGGUUGUGUCUGUGGAAGGCUAUGGAAAGUUUUGCCCUUUAUUGAGGGUGUCGGGGGUGCGCUGAGUAAAGAAUUAGUUUUAUAACAUUGGAGGCGGCGAGCGUACGUAUUAAACAAUGUUAAUAACGCCUGGGUAAGAUAGCGUAAACGGGAGAUUUGAUAUAACUGCUGGAAGUCGUGGUGUUUUGAACGACAAUAACCUGUUUGGCUUGAUUUGAAUACCAAGUUGACAGUGAACAUAGUUUGCUGCGUUCAUGAGUAACAACAAUGAGCAAAAUGGCCGUCAGCCGCCUUUGCCGCAACAGUCGGCACCAUCAGUAGCUCCAACAGACCCACGGCUUAGAAAUGCCUCGUCGACGGAUCCACAAAACAAGAGAUGCCGCAACUUCGUCUGGGGUAUUUGCAACAAAGGAGCUCAAUGUAGAUUCCGCCAUGAAUUAGAUGUGGAAUACAUGAAAGAAAUCCUAAAGUUCUGUCACGAUUACCAGAACAGGACAGGGUGUAUGAGGCCAGAUUGUACGUAUUUGCAUACUUCCAGAGAGGAGGAGAACCUUUUUCUGACUACAGGGCAGUUACCAAGAGUAUUGGCUGAAAGAUAUGCAGCGAUGUCUUCCGCCCCCACAAACAUGUAUAUGAGCGAGUACAUGGUGCAAGCACCGCCACCACCUCCUCCGCCGCCGCCGCCUCCACCGAGCUCAGCGGCGCCUCCGCCGCCGCCGGCAGUCGCGGCGCCGCCGCCUCCACCCCCAGCACCGCUGCCGCCGUUACUGGCGCCGCCACCUCCACCGCCGCCGCCCACUGCUACCGCUGCGCCUGUUCGCAUGACUCCACCCAUAUUUUCAGCUCCACCUCCCUUCCACACAACCGCUUUGUUUUCUGCAACACAGCCACCACCACCUCUACCUGCCAUGUUUGAUGCAAGUAGACCUCCUCCUCCACUGCCAACAAACAUAGCUCCAAACAAAACCGGUGCAUUGAAGCGUGCUGCCGAGCCUGCAGAGGCCGGGCCAAGCAAAGCGAGGAAAGCGGAGUGCUCCAAUGUAGUUGACAGCAUCUGCGAAAACUGUAUCCAGCGGGAACUCAGGAUCGAGCUGUACCGACAGGAAAUGCAAAAGUUGGAGUGCGAGAGGGAAUAUCAAACAUAUAGGUGUGAAAAGUCUCUGGAAGAACUUGAAAAUGAGCGUUUGUUUUUGAAGUCAAUGGUCAGUCCGGAAUUGUUUCGCAUAUUGGAUGAUUAUAUAGAGGGGUCGUCUCAACAGGCGCAAGCUCAGGAUCCACUUUCCCAGUUCAGCCAAGCUGCAUCGUUCGUUUCUGGUACAUCUACCGUGCCGAAACAGUUCCUACUUCAGCUGAUGGAUUACGUGUUCAGUAACCAAAGAAACGUGGUGGAGCCCGCGCCUGCACCUACUACAGGAGUGGAAGAGUCGCUGUUGCACUCCCUGACUGCACUGACCAGGAGGUCCAAUCCUGUCACUCAUUCAUCUACGGAAGUACUACAAGCCGUUUUGGAAGUUAUUCGGAAAUCUAACGCGCUGAAUACGGAAAAAACUCAAGCAAACGAAUCUCGCGCAAAAGAUACAGCAGCGGCAGAUCGGAGUAGACCGAGCACUAGUAACGUAAACAACAGCGCACCGAACGGGUUCAACCAUUUCGUGAACGGGCACAAAGGGGAGGCUGCGGCCCCAGCGGGCGUCCCGAGUGCCAGCAGAUACCCGAGCACGACGAGUGUGGCGGUGCGGACGUACCCCAGCGUGUCGGCGGGCGGCGCGGCUCAUCAGUCGACGCCGCCGCACGCGUCCGGCGUGACGCACCCCGCGCCGGCGCCGCUCCCGCCGAGUGCGGCGCCGCCUCCCUCCGCCGCGCCGCAUCCCCCGGCGGUCCGCGCCGCGCCCGCCUAUGUGCCUUACCAAGCGGCCGUCCCGCCGCCACCCACUCGCGGCUACUAUCCGCAGCCGUACCCGACACCCUCGAACCAUGUACCGAACGUUCAGCAGACGUACCCGAACUCUCCCAUUCGAGUGGGUGUAACUCCAGCACCUUCGCGGCCCUCCACCUCGGCGACGGCACCGCCCGUGCAAAGCGCACAACAUUAUAAUCCGUAUGUUAUGGGCAGAUACCCUCCUCAGCCGCAUCACUAUCCCCCAUUCCAAUAAAUCUGACGAGGUGUAUAUCCCGCUUAGCAGUAUAUGGGAUAAGUGAACACUUGUGAUAAGUGAAGUGAUAGUUAUGGACACUUAUAUAGCUGUAAGGAAAUCUACUACUAUAAAUAAUAAGGUAAAAUGAUUAGGUCUAAAUACAAUUGCGUGCAAAAAAAUCGGUCCACCCCGUACGCUAGCCUCCAAUAAAUUGAUAAGCUUUUGACACAAUGCAAUGCAACUGAGAUUGCGUUCUUAAAAAACAGAAAUGCCGGAUUUCGUGUAAACGAGGCAAGGCAAUAUCAUCAACAACAUUUAGUUUAAUGAAGUAUCGACUGUGUACAAAUAAAAUUCAUGAAACAUAUACUCAAAUGAAAUUAUUAGUUUUGUAUGUUUCAUCUAGAUAUUUUUAUAUUCCAUUCUGAAGGUAAGCAUACGGGGUGGUCCGAUUUUUUUGAUCGCAAGUGUAUGUUUUGGGUGCUCUAUGCUCUUGCUGAGGUGCAUAAUUUAACUCUUCGGUGAAGAACAUUCAUAAUAAUUAAUUACGAGAUAAGAAUAAUUGCGAUAAGGUAGGUACUUUACAAGCUUCCGAAGAUACGAGGGGGAUUGAUAAGUUCAUGGCCUGAGCAAGAAAAUUAACAAACAUAUUUUUUUUAUUAUAUUGUGUUACUAUCUCCAAGUUGAAUGCACUGUUUGUUUUCUCCCUAUCAAAGCAUUAAUUAAGUGAAAAAAUACAUUCCAUCCCAGCAUCUUCCGAGAGUAAAAUUACUGUCCACUGUCAAAAAUGACAGUUAUCAAAAGUAUGGUUUUGCCGCCAGUGUACAGGCAGAAGAAUGGUACCGAUCAGAUGCAAUAAGCAUAAACGAUUGCAGCAAAACUCAUGCUUACGACUUUCAGCUAUUGACACUUGCAAUAUAAUCCUCAUAGGUCCAGUUGAAAACCAGCGUCAGGCAUUAGCUGUCUGGCAUAAUGCUGAACUUUUAUAAAAAAUAUUUUUGUUUUAUAAUAAUUAAUAAAAAAUAACGAUUUUUAAAUGCUUCUUAAUUGCCCUGUAUGAAUCUAUCCCACGCGUAUGAAAGUACCCCAUACGUGGGGUCAGUUCGUACAAAUCUCUUAUCGUAAAAAAUAACUAUAACUCUUUAACAGUUUGACAUAAAAGUUUAGUUUUUUUUUUUGUAAUAAAUUAUAAUAUAAUUGUUACACUAAUGUACAUAAACUAGAUAAAUUCGGCCAUUGAUCAUACAAUACAAUUUAAAUAUAAAAUCUAAAAAGUGUACAAAUGGUGACUACCUUCCCCUACGAGGCCGAGAACUUUUCAAUCCACCCCAAGUAUUUUAAUCCACAAAUUCUGUAUCAUUUAUACGUAAAGACAAAAAGUUAGGAUUAACAUACAACGAUAUCUAUCUAUUUAUUAAUUUUUUUAUUUAAGUUUUUAUUGCCUGUACGGUGUUACAUAAUAAAAGUCAUAAAUAUUGUA